AGGCUAGUCCUUGGUAGGUGGUGGUGUGGACCCCACGGCCACUAUUGUUGAUUGGUUUAGCAGGGAUAGAGAAGGCGGUGGUUCGUAGUCCGUGAGGCGCGCCAUUUUACUAGCUCAGUGAAAGAGCGGGCGUGGGGCACGAGGGCCGGGAGCUCUGCAGAAUUAGCCAUGAAAAACUACAGACAAAAGGAGAAGCAGGGGAAUAAAACACAGGAGAGUGCCAAGGCACCAGAUGAAGCAAAGAUCAAGGCAUUAUUGGAAAGAACUGGAUACACUCUAGAUGUUACAACAGGACAGAGAAAGUAUGGGGGUCCUCCUCCAGAAUCUAUAUCUUCAGGCGCUCAGCCUGGGAUUGGGACAGAGGUUUUUGUUGGCAAAAUACCAAGAGACUUGUUUGAAGAUGAGCUUGUGCCCCAUUUUGAAAAAGCAGGUCCCAUCUGGGAUCUUCGACUUAUGAUGGAUCCUCUUUCUGGGCAGAAUCGAGGCUAUGCUUUCAUAACUUUCUGUAAUAAAGAAGAUGCACUGGAAGCUGUUAAAUUGUGUGACAACUAUGAAAUCCGGCCAGGCAAACACAUCGGCGUUUGCAUUUCUGUGGCUAACAACAGACUGUUUGUUGGGUCCAUCCCAAAAAACAAAACUAAAGAGAAUAUUUUGGAAGAAUUUGGCAAAGUUACAGAGGGCUUGAUGGAAGUGAUUCUCUACCAUCAACCAGACGAUAAAAAGAAAAAUCGUGGCUUCUGCUUUCUGGAAUAUGAAGAUCACAAAACUGCAGCUCAGGCUCGACGCAGAUUGAUGAGUGGCAAGGUGAAAGUGUGGGGCAAUGUUGUGACCGUGGAGUGGGCAGAUCCUGUUGAGGAACCUGAUCCAGAAAUAAUGGCAAAGGUUAAAGUUCUGUUUGUAAGAAAUCUUUCCUCCACUGUGACUGAAGAGAUUCUGGAAAAAGCAUUCUCUGUCUUUGGAAAGCUGGAGCGUGUGAAAAAACUGAAAGAUUAUGCCUUUGUGCAUUUUGAUGAAAGAGAUGCUGCAGUGAGGGCCAUGGAUGAGAUGAAUGGAACAGAACUGGAAGGGGAAGAUAUUGAAAUAGUUCUUGCUAAGCCACCUGAUAAAAAAAGGAAGGAACGUCAAGCAGCACGUCAGGCUUCCCGGGGAAGUCCGUAUGACGAUUAUUACUAUUACCCCCCACCUCGUAUGCCACCUUCUGGUAGAGGCAGGGGCCGUGGAGGCAGAGGGGGCUAUUCCUUUCCCCAAGAUUACUAUGGAUAUGAAGAUUACUACGAUGAUUAUUAUUCGUACGACUAUCAUGACUACCGUGGGGGUUAUGAUGAUCCAUACUAUGGCUAUGACGAUGGCUACCCUGUGCGAGGAAGAGGAGGUAGAGGCGGAAGGGGUGGACCACCGCCCCCCAGAGGUAGAUCUGUUCCUCCCCAACGUGGAGGGAGAUCCAGCUAUGCUCCUAGAGGUUCUCCAAUGGGCCCUCCUCGAGGUUCCCGUGGUGGACGCGGAGGGCCCGCUCCUCAACAGCCACGAGGACGGAGUUCGAGAGGUAGCCGUGGCAGCAGAGGUGGCAACAUUGGUGGUAAAAGAAAGGCAGAUGGUUAUACCCAGCCAGACUCCAAGCGCCGCCAGACCAACAAUCAACAGAACUGGGGGACCCAGCCUAUCGCCCAGCAGCCAUUGCAGCAAGGUGGUGAUUAUACUGGUAACUAUGGUUACAGUAAUGACAACCAGGAGUUUUAUCAGGAUACUUAUGGGCAGCAGUGGAAGUAGGCAAGGUCAUAUUCAUCAGACAGAACACGCAUAUACACACACUCUUAAAUAUAUAUUUCAUAUAUAUAUUUGUGCUUGUGGAAUGCUGCCUGUAAUUUUUAUAGGCAGUGUUUCUUCAUUACGCUGUAUAUACCUUAGCUUUUGCUUUAUUGCUAUGUUACAGUUGGUAUUGAAAUGGUAUGCACUGGUAGAGUUAUGGUAUUUCAAGUAUUGCUGAACCUUGUGUUCUGGAUAUUGGGAUUUGGAGAGAGUAUUAUUGGCAAAAGUUAGCAAUUAACUGGAGCACAAAUCUUGGAUUUGAGCUCUUUUUUUUCCUUUCCCAUUCCACCACCGUGCAGAAAGUUUUGUCUGCUUAUAUUUAGAGAAGUCAUUUUGUGGCAUUGUCUUCUGGACAUGGACUGCAAUGUGUUUGUGCUAUUAAGUAAUUUUGUUUAAAAAUCAUUUGUUACAACCCCUCCCCGUUUCAAGAAUACUAAAAGAUUACCAGUGUUUUAGUAGUUUUAGACUUGAUUUUUUUUCUUAUGAGAGGGGUUUUAAUGCUGUUGGACAAUGUUCAAUCAUGAUUUUGACAGAAUGCAGUAUUGACAAUUUCCCCUUGGAUUUGGAGUAUCUUCUACAGGAUUAAGCUGUAUAUAAACUUAAACACUAGUGCUGUCUCAAGUUAUAAAAAAAAAAAAUCAAAAAAUAUUUUAAAGAUUCAUGUAUUAAAUGACUGUGCAGUUUUUGAUUCCUAGAACUAGGUGAAGUUGUGUUUAUUUAAUUUUUUUUUAUGAAGGCAAAAGUAUGCCUAACACGUUUGGCUUGGGUAACAAAAUCCUUGACCGUUUGUUCUGUGAUUGUAUUUACAAAUUUAUUGUUCAUGUACAAUUUCAAUAAAACUCCAGAAAAUCUGAUUGCAAAAAAAAAAAACAUUUAUAUUAUAUACAUAUAUGAAGGAAAAAGAAUCAUUAAAAAACAUGCAAAAACUGAGUUUUGUGAUUCUUAAAACAAAACUUUUAAAAGUCUGAACUGCAUAUGUGAGUGAUCAAAUCUGUAAAUUACUUUAAAGCUUUAACCAUGAUAUAAAGCUAUGAAAUUGGGUUUUAAACUAAUCUGUAAAAAUCCAUUAAAUACACUUGUUUGCCAUAUAAUCUUGACCUUGAUGUGCAUUUUUUAGGUGGUUUGAAGGCAAAAUAUGAAAUUGUUUAGGGAAAAAAAAAAAAUAUAUAUAUUUUUUAAAAUAUAUAUAUAAUUUUUUUUUUUUUCCCUCAAUCUACAAAUUGAUUCAGGAUGGGACGACCAGACUAGGAAAAUUUAAACAGCCAUUCGAAGACUAACAUUCUUCAUUCCUUGCAAAUUUGGUAUAAUUUCUGUUAAAAACAAACUGGCUCAUAAAACUCCAUAAAGGAUAAAGGUUUGUGUCUGCUAAACUAUCUAAAAUAUGGCAUCUAACUUUUACUGUGAAUAUGCAUCAGUGAGACUGGCAGAGCAGUUAUUGUAAGGUAUUGCUUACAUGAUAUAGAUGCUCUCUCCAUGCUUACAUCCAGUAACACAUUAGACUUUUUCCAAAAACACUGCUCCACUUCCUUCAGUAGUACAAGUUUUCAGGGUACAUAUGUACUUUGUCAUUUGGUGCAGAAACAAGUAAUGUACUUUUUUUUUCUUGCCAGCAUUUUUAUAAAAAAAAUUACAUUCUCCUUUUCUAAAAUAUUUUUCUAAGGAUUUUAACGAUUUUAACUAUUUUUGGUGUCCAGAAUAAUUUCAUCUGUCCAAAUUUUUUCACUACUUUUUUUCACUAAUUCACUAUUCUGCAGGUAAUGGUGUUCACAUUAUGAAUUAUGGCUUGUUUUUAGAUUAUGACCACAUUUUGGCAGAUUAACCUUUUCUUAUCUUAAAUUUAAUUUUGCUUACCAGCAUUUCGUUCUUAGGGCAAUGGCAGAUGUACUAGUUUGUUGUCCACAGGAGAUCGCCUCUCCCCUAAUUGACAAAGCGUCAGGAGAAUCGGGAUUAUCCUGCAAAAAAACACUUUACAUGCAUUGAUCAGCUUAAUUGUGAGAAUAUUGCUCCUUCCAUAAUUUUGUCAUGUUUAAGCUGGAUCUCCACAGCAAGUGUUCUCCUGCUUUAGAAGGGAUUGUCGGAUGCACUGUAGCCUGUGUGAAAGGCUAUUUCCCAUGGAUGACAAACAAAUACAUGUCACUGCCCUAAAUGUCAGAACAAGAUUCUAGGAUUCGUCUAUCCUUGCUUUAGAUAUAGGAAAAAACAAAUCCUAAAAUUUCUAGCACUGACAAAUCGUUUUUUUUGUCAAUUUGAAAUUUUCAUAAAUAUUUUCUUGUGUGCAGUGGUGAGGGGGGCAAAAAGCUAAAGCUAAUCAUUUUAAUGUGUUUAACAACUGCACACACAUCCAUUGCUUCAGGAAAAAUUAGCCUUUUGUGAAACUGAAAUUGCUUGCCAGUUUGAUUUUGUGAAAAAGCUUGCCAUCUAUUAAAACUGGUGGCAAAAUACAAAACAGAAUUUUAAAGCCUGAGAUUUUACACAUUGAUGAAUAAAUGUUCUCAACAAAUUGUGUUCCUGAAUGGAUUUGUCUGACCUCUUCCUGAAACAAGCCUUUUGUGGGGAGGUGGAGAGAACCUAUUCUCACAACUUCAUGAUUUCUAAAUCUCUUUGAUCACUCAUUUACAGCAGUGUUUAGAAAAUCUUUGACUGUAUUAAAUGUAUGGGAAUUCAAUUCAUAUUCCAAACAGGUCUGAGUGGAGGAUACAAGUCAGUUCAAAGAUCUCAGUACUUUACUGACUGUGGAUUUCUAUUACCAUUGGUGUCAGCAUCUACUUCAAGAAUGUUCCUCCAAAUUUCAGCCGUACAAUUCAUUUUGUAAAGAAAAACAUUUUUGUCUACCAAAAUGUGUUUCAAAACUUGAACUGAUUAAAGAUGAAAUUGUUUACACAGCAUUAAAGUGAAACUUUAAUUGUGA